AUGGCGUCUUCUACAUCAUUGCGCACUAUCACAAAUCGCUUGACGACCACUCCGGUCAAUGAGCUGCCGUAUGUUGCAGCUUUUCUAGCUUCUGCGCUGAGCGAUUGCAGCGAAUUCAAUGCUCAAUCUGAUGCAAAGAAGAAAACAGACAGCAACGAUGGCUUGCAGGUCAACAAACUCAAAUCCCGCUUGACGAGUCUCCUGCAAGACCGCACCGUUGAAGGCAGGUGGACUGCAGUGGUGUUGAUCAAAGCCUUACUGGAAGCGGGCAGAUGGGAGAUACUUCGCGAUUGUGGGCCUUGGGUUCGAGGACUAUUGGCCAUUUUGCCGAAAUCUGAUCCAUCUUCAACCAAAAAAUUGACCAUCAUCACAUUGACUCGCAUCUUUCAUCUCACAUACCAGUACCCGACGUUAGUGCGAGAAAUAACAACUCCAAACCUACCCGGUUUCAUCACAGCCUCUCUCAACCUCAUAAAUGCGAAGAAGCCUUUCGAGUCGGCUAAGCCUGCGAAGGAGUCUCCGCUCCUGGACACCGUGCUCUCGGCGUUCGCGGAGUUGAUCGCUAGACAUCCAACCAUAUUCCGUCCAUUUGUCGGCCAGCUGCAGAAGUUCUUACUUCCAAUCCUAUCUUCGUCAACGACCAAUGGCUCUUUUUCCUCAAAUAACAUUCAUCUUGCACAGGAAGUUUUUGUUUUACUGCACAACUGCGCUCCUAAGAACACAUCAGGCGAGCAAUGGGCGAAUGACUGCAAGAGUACUGUAAUUUCGAUUCAUCAGGCUGCAGAUCAUGUUUUUCGGAGUGUGUUAGAGCAGUGGGAGUCAUCGGACCCUAACUUCAAGCCAAGAAAGAAGUCGAUGAAUGUCAGUGACUCGCCACAAGAUGACGAACCGGACGCUUUGGGUCUCCCUUCAUGGCAGGGGUUACCAGCGGGCGCCACCAGGAUUGCAGCACUCUUAAACCUGUUGACUAAAUUCAUCUCGAUCCGAACCGCGUCAGCCAUAAACUACCCGCUUGGAGCUAUACUAAAUCUAACAUCUCGAUUGACUUCCAUUACUGUCCCAAAGACAGGUGAAGAGCAAGCCAACUCUGAUUUUACCCGAGAUGAAAGGGCUACUUUGUACAUGGAAUUACCGAGAAUCCAUAUAGCAUGCAUCGAUCUAUUUCGCGCCAUCGUGGACACUUUUGGGUCAGGAUCGACACCAGUGAGCAACACCAUUUUUGAGCAAACCGUUUGGGUAUUCGAAGCAGAAGCCUUCAACAGCAAUAUUCGAGAGUCUUCAUAUCUACUUAUCAGCGAGAUCUUGCCGUUAGUGGGUCGGUCGUUUGCAAAACAGAAUGUCUUUGCAUUGAGCCCCCUAAUCCGGCAAUGUUGUCGUGAUCUCGUGCCAGUCGACACCAGCCGAAAUCAAGAUCAAUCAAAUAGUCAUGGCAAGGGUGGUAAUGCCAAGAACAGUCAGCUCAACAUGAACGUCGAUGCUAUCCUCAAUCCAGCUCUCAAAGAGUCAAACGUCAAUAAGGAAAGCAAUUCUGGAGGACAAAACACAACAGCGAUGGCUCUACUUCCUCUACUAUACAAUUACCUCCCAACCGAAUAUAUCCCCAUUCCAAUCCGGACCGAGAUGGAAAGAGCUGCUAUUCUGACGGCAAACCGUUCGGCUAUGGUUGCUAGUGUCAUGAAUCCCAUUCCUCCAGUUAAAGGACGUCGGCCAAUUCCAAGUAUUCUGCCAUUUUUGGCUAGGAAAUAUGCCGGGGAUCUGGAAGUCCAAUGCUUGAUUCGUCCUCGGAUGCCGGUUCUCGUUGGAGGCACGGGAGAGCUUUACGACGCGGACGACUACGAAGAACAAGAGGAGUCUAUGGAUACUGAUGCUCCGGCAGUUCCUAUUCCAAGCGUUGGAAUUCAACAGUUGUCCUCCAAUUUUUCGAACAACAUUCAGACUACCGCCACCAUAUCAUCGCCAUUCAUAACACAGAACAAGAGAAUACUCCCUGAGGAUUCUGAAAUGACGGGCAAUCCACCGUCAAUUCCAGUGGAACAGCUUCCUCAAGUGAAAAAGGCUCGUUUGGGAGAUGGAGAAGCAACCGUUGUAUCUACUACUUCUGUUGUACCUAUCACUCUUUCAGAAACUUCCCCAUCGCCCUCUAUAAUUCCAUCUGCGGCAACACCGUUGACUUCCUCGAUCACUGAAUCCAAUGCACCAAGCUACCCCUCUGUAUCUGCUCAUGUGCAGAAUUCUGCUGGUGGUGGCGCUGCGGGUAAUGAUGAUGAUGACAGUGACGAUGAGAUGCCAACGUUGAACAUUGAGCCGGAUACCGAUGAAGAGGAUGAUGAUGAAUAA